AUGGCCCCUAUUUUGUUGACACAAUCACCCCUCCUCAACCUUCAACCCCGCCCUCCUCUCCCCAUCCCCUCCCAUCCCUCCGCCGCCUCCUCAUCCUCAAAUGCCCCUCUCUCUCCUCCCUCCCUUCAGGUCUCUAUCUCCUCCCCUCCCUCCACCACCUCAAAAUCCAACACCAGCGACAUGCAGCCAGCCAUCUCCCACCUCUCCUCUCUGCAACACUUGCGCAUCGAACACAUCCCAUCUCUCAAAACCGUUCCCAUAGCAUCCUCUCUGGAGAGCCUUUCUCUCUAUGACUUGUCUCUUGUCUCCCCUCUCUCAAUACCCAACAUCCUCACACUUCAGAAACUGAGAAUUCUGACCCUGCACACCCUCCCCUUACUCUCCCCUCUCCCUCCUUCAAUCACAGCCCUUCCUCACCUCCAGCGCCUUCAUCUCAGCCACAUGAAAAUUUCCAACUUGCCCGAGGACCUCGGGCAGAUGCAAGGGCUGUGCGUGCUAACCAUAGACAACGCGCCGAAGCUAUCAACGCUCCCGGCCUCCCUCACCCUCCUCACCUCCCUACAGCACCUUAUGGUCACCGACUGUGAGAUAUUUUCCUCUCUACCAGAAGGAUUCGGCAAUCUUGCCUCUCUCCUCACUCUCACGCUCAACGACCUGCCGCUGCUGCUCAAGCUGCCCGCAGCCGUCUCACACCUGGCUUCGCUACAGGUGCUGGACGUGCAGGAGUGCAAAAAUCUCAGCGAGCUGCCCGAGGGGUUGGAGAGUGCGAGGAGUCUGCGGGAGGUGUAUCUGGAGAGAUGCACCCAAUUGGGGGAGUUGCCCGAGCCGCUGCUGGCGCAGGCAGGGAGGAUCCAGGUGAAUGCAAGAGAUUCAUGA